UUAUUUAAUUUGUUUUGCUUUGAGAGCCGUUGAAAUAUAUGGCGAACUGAGAUUGUUGUCGGGGAAGAGGAGCAGGCUCCCACCAGCCACCUGAGGAGGUUGCAGGCCAGCCGACAGCCGUCCAGAGAGACGGAGAGGCAUGGGAGGCAGAUGCUCCUGGUGCUGAGGAAUCCUUAUCCUCCUUUGUUCCUCUCAGAUGAAAAAAAUCAUGGUCCGAUUUUAGCUGUAUACGCUGUUAAACUCGAGGGCAAGUAUCUUCAGCAGUGCUAGCUGAAAAUGUACUUUUGCUGAUAAGUUCCAGGUGUGUCUUUUUACUUCACUCCCCACCACUGCUACCCCUUGCCACCUUUGCUUUAUUGACAGCUCAGUGUGGACAUUUGCACUUCAUCCAACAGGCUUUGGAGCUCAUCAUUGUGUAACUAAAUCAUUUAUGAUCUGUGAUGUUUUUUAAAUGCCUCUGUAACUUGUCUCCUUUUCCCUGCAGUACACUUUUAAUUGCAUUGCAAAUGCCAUUUUGAGUACACUUUAUAUUGGUCAUGGAGCUCAAGUCGGAUUUUCACUGUCACUUUGCUAAGGUGGGGUCUAAUAUUUCUUUCUUUCUGUGUCUCUCCUCCACAUCCCCCCUCCUUUUUUUUUUCCCUUUGUUUACUUUCCAGGUAUUAGUUAAUAUUGGCAACCAUUUUGAUCUUGCUUCCAGUAUAUUUGUAGCACCAAGAAAAGGGAUAUAUAGUUUCAGUUUCCACGUGGUCAAGGUCUAUAACAGACAAACCAUCCAGGUAAGUUUAAUGCAAAACGGCUACCCAGUGAUUUCAGCUUUUGCAGGGGAUCAGGACGUUACCAGAGAAGCAGCCAGCAACGGGGUCUUGCUCCUCAUGGAAAGAGAAGACAAAGUGCAUCUCAAACUGGAAAGGGGUAACCUCAUGGGAGGGUGGAAAUAUUCAACCUUUUCUGGCUUCUUAGUCUUUCCACUAUAAAAGAAGGCCAAAUAGGAGACAGAUUCAUGAGCUGGAGCAAGGAUUCAGUUGUUAACAACACCCUGAACUUGGCAACACAUGACAAUAUUUCCAGUCACCCUGUCAGACUGUCACAGUAGAAGAAUGAUAACCUUCUAAACUCCAAUAUUUACUUUGAAUAUUGACAAUUCCUUGGGAACCUGCGCCUCUAAUUAGUUUUAGACGACAGUGAUCUUUAGGAGAAAUGAAAUUAUCGACCUGAGCAAUUUGUACGUGUGAUUGUAAAGUCAAUUUUGGAUUUUAUUGUUGGGAUCAUUGACUUUCUUCUUCCAAUAUUUUUCCCUCUCUUUAAUUUUUUCCCCUUUUCUUUCUCCUCUUGUUGUCCCAAUGAGACAAAUAACUCGGACCACACAAUUGCUUUGUCAAAGGCUCACGCCAGAGCCAGAAGAAUGAAGCGUUCAACUCAAUGAGGUGUUAUUUCCAUGCUUUAUUUCUUUGUGUUGUAUAGCCUUAAGGAAAAAAAAAAAAAAAGGAAAAAAAAAAAAAAAAGAAAAAGAAUCGCUUCAGUCUCAAUCCUGUAUUUUUCUGGGGGAGGGGGAUUCUGAACAUUACUGUGUCAAGAAGUGCUUUAUCCAGUGAAGCAAAAUUUGCACGAUUGGAACCUUAUUUGUUUUGUGUUGUUCGUGUUUUUUCAUCGACUUUUUCUUUUUUUCUGAUUUUUGUUUGUGUGUGCUAAAAAUGUAAGCUAGAUUGAUCAAUAAGGCAAAACAAAGCACAUAUAUACCCUGUAGCUCUAAGUAAAGCUAACCAGUGAACAAUUCUGUCUGCACUUUCUAGCUGAUCUUUAUAGACGUACUUAGAGAAAGAGAGAGAAAGAGCAAAAGAGCUACAUGAUUCUUCAAUUACAAUCUGGAAACCAGUAAAGGAACUGACAUUUCUGAAUUGUCCUGACAUUUCUAGAAGCAGCAGCGGAGGCUUUGAAUAUCUUAUUUGUACAUGCCCUAAGAUAUAUCCUUUCUUUGCGUUACCAACCAUGUUUUGGGUGCUUUUAGCUUAUAUUUGAUAUAUUUGUUCACUAAUGCUUGAGUACACGUUAUGGGAGCCUGGAAAGAUGGUGGAGUAAAUUCUUCCUCUUCCAAAUUAACUAAAAUAAUCUCCAAUUGACCUGUCCACGGCAAGUAUAUUAGGAGCUGCCCUUAACAUCUUUGACAGCAUUUGGGAGAGGGGCCUCAGAGGAUCAGCAAAUGCACCUGAAGUUACACAGAUGCCGUGCAUUUAUUAGUCAUGUGUAUUCUUCUCAAUACAAUUAGCCUCAGAAUUGUGGGGUUGGAAUGUGAUCAGUAUUGGUGGUUAGGAAAAGUUAUAACUCCAAUUGACAACAGGUAAAAUAACAAGCCAACAUCAAAUACAUACUUUUACCUUGUUCUCAUUAAAUAAAUCUUAUUUAUUCACUUAUAUAUGACUGUGCUGAGAAAAUUCUUGCAUGAGGAGGUCCAGAAGGAACGUUAAUAUUUUUUCAUAUGAUUUUAACUUUAUUCAUUUAAUUUAAAAUAUUUUAUCUUGCUAUUAAUCCCACAAGAAUGGAUGUGUAUAAGAAUUUAUUUUUGUCAGAUUUACUCCUCUGCCACAAAAAAAAUAAAAAUAAUGCAAAGGCAUUUGCAGCAAAUCGGUGGUAGCUAAUGUUGUAUUUCAGAAUUAUGGUGGACAUGUCAUUUUCAUUGUAAAUUUAUCAUUAAGGAGACAAAACCAAUUAAAGUCAUAUAUUCUUAAAAAAA